UAUGGCUGCUGUGGCACCAUUCAGAUACAGGCUGAAGAUUCAGGAAGACGUUAUAUCUCUAGACGAGUUUAGCGACUGUUCUUCUGAUUCCAUAGAAGUAUGCUGUGAUGGCCUCAUUACUGGAGGAAAUCUUGGGGGUAGCCCAAGAGGACCAGGAGUAGAUCUGGAGACUGAGAACACCUCCAAAGACAAAACCCCUCAGGGCCAGGCGAGAGCUAAAGGAGUAGGGGGCAUGGCUUCAAAAAGGGGUAAGUCAGGGCUCCCACAAGCAGCUCCUCGGGCUGAGCUGAAGUUCUACCGAGGUGGAAAUUUAGAGGGUCGUCUUCCAGUGCCUAGCAACUUGCGCAAGCAGAAGUCCUUGACCAAUCUAUGCGUGCUUACGGACUCAGAGAAAAAGAUGCACCUGUACCCGCCCAAGUGGUCAGAUGAUAUCGACAAGCCUGGGGCAGGUCAGAACAAGACCGGCAAGCUCAAAGGUACUGGAAGAGCGCCCGGAAAAUGUAUCCCACUCUCCAAGAACCUUUCCAAGUCGGAUCAUUCACUGUUUCAGGGAAAGACAAAACCUUUUAGUCCUCCUUCUAACUUGAGUAAACCCAGUCGGAUACCCAGGGGUCCUUAUGCGGAGGUCAAACCCAUUAGCAAGUCUGAAGAGCUGGCAGAUGACAGCAAGUCAGAUGAUGAGAUCUUGUCCAGCAAGGCUAAAGCUAAUGGGAAGAAAUCUUGCACCCCGGGAGCAGCCACCCCAGGAGGUGGAGGCAAAGAUGCAUCAGAACAUGAGGAAGAGGACAAGACCUUUCUAAAGGUGGAUCCAGAACUUGUCGUAACAGUACUUGGGGACCUGGAACAGCUUCUCUUCAGUCAGAUGUUGGAUCCAGAGUCCCAGAGGAAACGCACUGUUCAGAAUGUCCUCGACCUCCGGCAGAACCUUGAAGAGACCAUGUCCAGCUUGCGGGGGUCUCAGCUCAGCCACAGCUGUAUUGAAAGCACCAUGUGCUAUGACAGUGAUGAAACCAACGCUUGCAGCAUCUCCAGCAUGUCCAACCGUUCCUCCCCUCUCUCCUGGCGCCAAGGCCAGUCUAGCCCACGUCUGCAAGCUGGAGAUGCCCCCUCCUCCAGGGUCACCGCCCACUCGCUGCCCAUCCGUGCAUCAACGCAGAUCAGCCACCUGCAGUGCAUCCAACUCAUCGAGGGCCUGGAUGCUGCGGACGAUGACCUGGCCGACCUCAAGUCUGGUUACCUUAGUGACGGAAACCUGAAGGGCAAGAGCCAACCAGAAGACGAUGAUGACAACGACGACGACGAUGAUGAUGUUGACGUCGAUGAUGAUGACCUGGCUAAUGGUUGGGAUGAAAGCAGUUCUAUCAGCAGCGGUUUGAGUGACGGUUCAGACAACCUCAGCUCAGAAGAGUUCAAUGCAGUCUCCUCCCUCAACUCUCUGCCAACCACUCCCAUUGGCUCCCGGCGAAAUUCUGCCAUUGUGCUGCGUACUGAUGCCGAGAAACGCUCGCUGGUUGAAAGCGGCCUUUCCUGGUACAACGAGGAGGGGAAGACUCAGUGCCGGACCAGGGGAGGAUAUGAAACGGGCAGCCUUAAGGCCGAGUCAUCCAACAAGUGGAAAAAGAGUCGAGUGCAGGAUGACACGGCCGUCAAAGGUGAACUGAAGAAACCGCAGACGCUCAGCCACCCACCCAGUGGACUGAAGAAGAGCCGCAACCCUCCUGUAGGCGUGACCUCACCGAUCACGCACACUACACAGAGCAUGCUCAAAGUACCAGGAGUUACAAAGAACGAACAGCGAGUCGUGGAUAAAACCAAAAUGGCAGUAAAAACAGCUGGCUUACAACGUUCAAGUUCGGAUGCAGGCAAAGAUCGUGGUGAACAUCAAAAACCUCCCUCCGGCCUGGUCCGUCCCUCUUCUGCCACUGUAAAUUCCUUCGGUUUCAAAAAAUCGGUUCCUGCAACUGGCACUGCCACUGUGCUAUCAACUGGUGGAAAUCCAGUUUCUGGAGACUCUGCGAUUGUUAGCAAAGCACCUAAAACCACUGGUAUUCCUGUGAAACCUUCUAAUGGUGGUGUAGGUGGAGGACGGAAGACCAGCCUUGAUGUUUCAAACUGUGAUCCAGGUUUCAUGGCUCCAAAUGCACGCAACAACAUCCAGUAUCGUAGUCUUCCAAGACCUGCAAAGUCCAGCACCUUGAGUCUGACGGGAGGUCGGCCUGGCACUCGCCCUGUUAGCAGCAACAUGGACACUGGUCUACAAGGCCUAAAAACAGUCCCCACCCAGUCCAGACUGAAGGAACCAGGCAGUGGAAAGAUCUCAAGCCGUGCUAGUACAGGAGGUAUUGGCCCAGUUAAUCAGACCGACCGUGAGAAGGAAAAGGCCAAAGCCAAAGCAGUGACAUCAGAUUCUGAUUGUUGUGGAGGUAACUCGUUAAAGAACGGUACGUUAACUCCAACACAGUCUGGACUGGAGCCACCUUCCAAGCUUUUGGGACUUCGGCAACCAUCCAGCUUGGGGAAAUAUUCAGAGCUGCCCUCUCCAAACACCCAAAGGCCGCCCAGUGCCAGAUCUCUGCCCAAACCUGCUCAUCUGGACAAGGUAAACUCCAACAGCCUGGACUGUGGGAUAGUUGAUGUGGAGAACCAACUUCCUCCCAAAGUGCCACCCUUCUCCAAACUACAGGAUCUAUCAGGAAUGAGCAGCCCAAACACAACCUGUCUGACCCCCAGCCCGGCUCCCGUCCUCAAUGUCAACUCCUCUGAAUGUUUCUCCAGUGACACAGUGGGCCGAGGGGGCAGUGCUGGUGGCUCUCCCUCACUCUACCCCCGUCUCUCUGGGCUGCAUCGUAGCAUGGAGUCCCUGUCCCUGCAGAUGAGUGUGUCUCCUGCAGGGGGCAUUGUGACAGAGUCCAGAUCCAGACAUGAGGACAGAGGGCCAGUUAGUGGCUGGUCAACAGGAAGCAGGAUUUCACUUACUCUCACGAAUGACAGCUCACAAAGGGACAGAAAUACUCUGCCAAAGAAAGGCUUAAGCAAGCACAGCCCCUCACAGGCUGAGGAGGAAAACAAAGAGAGACGUCACUCACACAACAUAGUGAGUUUGACAGAGACAGACAGUCCACCACAGUUCCCUUCACCCAUAAUGACAGCAAAGAUGCCACUGACUAGCAUCAUGACACCAAGCCCCACCUCUGGCACUCCCAGAAUGACACGAUCCAACAGUAUCCCCACCCAUGAGGCCAGCUUUGAGCUGUAUCAAGCCUCUCCACUGGGCAGCACUCUAUCGCUUGCUGAACGGCCAAAGAGCAUGAUCCGGUCUGGCUCCUUCAGAGACAGAGAACCUGGCGAUGAUGUUCAUGGCUCAGUGCUGUCACUUGUAUCUAAUGCCUCCUCCAGCUACUCUUCAGCAGAGGAGAGAAUGCAGGGCGAGCAAAUCCGUAAGCUGAGGAGAGAGCUGGAAUCUUCACAGGAGAAGGUGGCCAAUCUGACCUCACAGCUGUCUGCUAAUGCCAACCUGGUGGCAGCAUUUGAGCAGAGUCUCACGCUCAUGACAUCUCGACUCCAGAGUCUCUCUGUAAGCGCUGAUCAAAAGGACACUGAAUUACUGGACCUAAGAGAAACAAUUGAGAACCUCAAGACCAAGAACAUGGAGGCGCAGGCCGUCAUCCAAGGAGCCCUCAGUAACCCUGAUAUUUCCCCCAAAGAGUUCCGUAUCAGGAGGCAGAACUCAUCUGAGAGCAUCUCCAGUCUAAACAGCAUCACCAGUCACUCCAGUGUGGGCAGCCUCAAAGAUGAUGCCAAGAAAAAGAAGAAAAAGAGCUGGUUACGCAGUUCUUUUGGCAAAGCGUUCAGCAUUAAGAAGGGCUCUAAAGGCAGCUCUAUGUACUCUGAUAUUGAAGAGAUCGCCACUCCAGACUCCUCAGCCCCCAACUCACCAAAAUUAGCCCAUGAAGACGGAGAGAACCCACCCACUUCACUCCAAUCCACCCAAUUAACCGCCUCCUCUGUGAUCCAUGAGAGUACUGAGGAAAAUGAAAGCGAUGAGAAUGUGGUGUCAGAGCUGCGGUCUGAGCUGUGGGAGAAAGAGAUGAAAUUAACGGACAUCCGUCUAGAGGCGCUUAGCUCAGCACACCAGCUGGAGCAGCUACGAGAUACCAUGAACAACAUGCAGAUGAUGGUGGAGAAUCUCAAGGCAGAGAACGACCAGCUGAAAACAGGGAGUGCCCCAUCCUCCCUUGUCCUGCCUUGUGGCCCUCCCACAACCUCCACCUCCCAACCUUCUGGCCUGUCCAACCUCCUCAACUCCAGCCAAACCAAACCACCCAUGACUCUCACCAAGUCCUUCAGCCUCAGCCUCAAUGAAUGCACCAGCCCUGACAUUGCCCCUAUGGAGUCACUGAGCAUAUCGUCUCAAAGGGAUGAGGUCUUUACACGUGUGGUGGUCCGAAUAGCUGACCAGCAAGUGUAUAGAGAGAUGAGGCAACGAGAUUUCUACAUCGGCUCUGUGAAAAUUAAUGGGAAGACUGAUUGGUCUACAUUAGACACAGUCAUCUCCACUAUUUUUAAGGACUACAUCUGCCAGGUGGACCCUGGUGCAAGUAUGGGGCUGUCUGUAGACUCCAUCCACAGUUACAGUAUUAAUCAGAGCGGGAGGGUGAUUGGAACAGAAGCCCCAUCGAGCUCACCAUGGGACAGUUUAAUAAAGGGUCUGGGACUCGUCACUGUUGCCCUCAAAGGUUUUAAAGAGAAGUGUGUGGACAGUCUAGUGUUUGAGACACUCAUCCCCAAGCCUAUGAUGCAGCACUACAUCAGCCUGCUGCUAAAGCACCGAAGGCUGGUCCUCUCAGGUCCCAGCGGCACAGGAAAGACCUACCUCACCACCCGCCUGGCUGAGUACCUGCUGGAGAGGAGCGGCCGCGAGCCCGGCCCUGGCCUUAUCACCACCUUCAACAUGCACCAACAGACAUGCAAGGAUCUCCAAUUGUACUUGUCUAAUCUGGCCAAUCAGAUUGACAGAGAUUGUGGCACUGAGGACAUUCCAUUGGUCAUAAUCUUGGAUGAUGUCAGUGAUGCAUCUUCCAUUACUGACCUGGUGAACAGCGCACUAACCUGCAAAUAUCACAAAUGCCCAUAUGUCAUUGGAGCAACCAAUCAGCCUGUUAAGAUGUCAUCCAAUCAUGGUUUGCAUCUCAGCUUUAGAAUGGUCACCUUCUCCAACAACGUGGAGCCUGCAAAUGGGUUCUUAGUGCGGUACUUGCACAGGAAGUUGAUCGAAACGGAGGAUGAGUGCACAGUUCACAGAAAUGAGGUUCUAAGGGUUCUAGACUGGAUACCUAAACUCUGGUAUCAUCUCCAUACCUUCCUGGAGAAACACAGCACCUCAGAUUUCCUCAUAGGUCCUUGCUUCUUUCUGUCCUGUCCAGUGUCAUUACCAGAGUUUCGGUCCUGGUUUAUUGACCUCUGGAACCAGUCCAUUAUUCCUUAUCUGCAGGAGGGAGCCAAGGAUGGUGUGAAGGUCCAUGGUCAGAAAGCAGCAUGGGAGGAUCCUGUGGAGUGGGUGAGGGACACGCUGCCCUGGCCUUCAGCUCAACAGGACCAGGCCAAACUCUUUCACCUUCCUCCCCCAACCACAAGCCCAAACGCUGCUCCAACACAACAGCUCAGUGACAACAGGUCAAGCAAAGACACUUCACUGCCCACCAUGGAGUCAGAUCCACUGAUGGCUAUGCUGCUGAAACUCCAGGAGUCUGCCAACUACAUUGAAUCACCGGAACGGGACAUUUCAGGCAACCCCAAUUUCUAGGAUGAACUGAAGCACUCACUAAAGGCUUGUGCUGUUAUAUAUAUAUAUAUAUAUAUAUAUAUAUAUAUAUAUAUAUAUAUAUAUACACUAUAUUGCCAAAAGUAUUCGCUCACCUGCCUUUAGACGCAUAUGAACUUAAGUGACAUCCCAUUCUUAAUCCAUAGGGUUUAAUAUGACGUCGGCCCACCCUUUGCAGCUAUAACAGCUUCAACUAUUCUGGGAAGGCUUUCCACAAGGUUUAGGAGUGUAUUUAUGGGAAUUUUUGACCAUUCUUCCAGAAGCGCAUUUGUGAGGUCAGACACUGAUGUUGGACAAGAAGGCCUGGCUCACAGUCUUCGCUCAAAUUCAUCCCAAAGGUGCUCUAUUGGGUUGAGGUCAGGACUCUCUGCAGGCCAGUCAAGUUCUUCCACACCAAACUCGCUCAUCCAUGUCUUUAUGGACCUUGCUUUGUGCACUGGUGCGCAGUCAUGUUGGAACAGGAAGGGGCCAUCCCCAAACUGUUCCCACAAAGUUGGGAGCAUGGAAUUGUCCAAAAUCUCUUGGUAUGCUGAAGCAUUCAGAGUUCCUUUCACUGGAACUAAGGGGCCAAGCCCAGCUCCUGAAAAACAACCCCACACCAUAAUCCCCCCUCCACCAAACUUCACAGUUGGCACAAUGAAGUCAGACAAGUACCGUUCUCCUGGCAAGCGCCAAACCCAGACUCGUCCAUCAGAUUGCCAGAUGGAGAAGCGUGAUUCGUCACUCCAGAGAACGCGUCUCCACUGCUCUAGAGUCCAGUGGCGGCGUGCUUUACACCACUGCAUCCGACGCUUUGCAUUGCACUUGGUGAUGUAUGGCUUGGAUGCAGCUGCUCGGCCAUGGAAACCCAUUCCAUGAAGCUCUCUACGCACUGUUCUUGAGCUAAUCUGAAGGCCACAUGAACUUUGGAGGUCUGUAGCGAUUGACUCUGCAGAAAGUUGGCGACCUCUGCGCACUAUGCGCCUCAGCAUCCGCUGACCCCGCUCUGUCAUUUUACGUGGCCUACCACUUCGUGGCUGAGUUGCUGUCAUUCCCGAUCGCUUCCACUUUGUUAUAAUACCACUGACAGUUGACUGUGGAAUAUGUAGUAGCGAGGAAAUUUCACGACUGGACUUGUUGCACAGGUGGCAUCCUAUCACAGUACCACGCUGGAAUUCACUGAGCUCCUGAGAGCGGCCCAUUCUUUCACAAAUGUUUGUAGAAGCAGUCUGCAUGCCUGGGUGCUUCAUUUUAUAUACCUGUGGCCAUGGAAGUGAUUGGAACACCUGAAUUCAAUUAUUUGGAUGGGUGAGCGAAUACUUUUGGCAAUAUAGUGUAUAAACUGUCCUGUACAUUUGCACCUCCCUUGUCUCCUUAAGAAAGUUUGUGGGAGUCAGAAAAGGAACUCUUAAGAUCUUUCACUUCAAGGUCGAUGAAACUCUCCAACUAAAAGAAAAACAGAAGAGCUUAUCCUACCAGAUCUGAGCAAGAAUCUUUUUUGCACUGUUGUAUUAAUUGGACCUUCCUUAGCUUAUCUAAUCUGCAAGUGCAUGGCAAUACUUGCAACUGAGGAUUGUGGAGAUCAGAUGAUUGUGAAGAUGAGAGAUCUUCUUGUCUACCAUAUUGGGCACCAUUUUUAUUUUAUUUUUUAUUGGUAAUAUCUGACCAUAUGGACCAAAAUAUAUUUAUUCUGUAGACAUAUUUCCCAGAGUAUCUACUCCACUCAUCAUAAAGUCACCUGAACCCUGUACACAAAGGUGCAGUUACAGUGCCACGCCAUUUGAACUAACUCAAUGGAUGCAAAAUGUCAUACAAGAUGGUGCUUAGAAUCCAGCCUUAAAAGAAAGCCUUCAUAUAUCAAGUCAGUUCCAUAGAAAUCUGAAUAUACUAUUUAUUACCUCACAGUUGCAAAGUGAUGCAGUUUCAAGGUGCAGUACAUACCCAUAACCAGGUAGCAUUUAACACUUCCCUCAAACACGGAGACAUGAAGGAGACAGAUGUAGACUGUAGACAACAGCUGCUGAGAAGAUGCACUUUGAUUCAUAGCUUUCAAUUAAGAGUAAAGACUUCAUGAGGGACAAUAACAGAGGUGCUGCUAACAGGUGCAUUGGAGCAGUAUACAACGGCUUAGGCCCGAAACAUACUCUGUCCACGUAUGUGAAUGCAAAUGCAUCUAGCUGCACAAGCUCCAUUUCACUUCUCGUUGCAUUUUGAAAUCUGUCAUAUUGAAUGCAAAUAUGAAUUGCAUUCUCAGUGUUGCCACAAGGGGCAAUAUAGAGGGCAUUAGCGUAUUAGCAUUGUUGCAGUUUUCUCUUUCAACUACUGUCCUGCCGAAGAAAGAGAUCUUGCAAGUUAGUUAAAGCUGAAGUUUGUAACUUUUUCAGUGUUAAAAUACUUUCUUUUAUCCCAGCUUAAUAUGCAGAGACAACUAUAAGUAAGCCAUUCAUAGGUUAAUUGUCUCAAAAAAUGUAAAUACUCUGUGGCACUAUAAAAAUUCCUAGGUUUGUUAAGAGUGACCGGCUUAGACCUGGCUGAACAACAUUACUCAACCAAUGGCAUGAGUUGGGGGUGGGACUAUCUCUGUUUGACCAAUGGCAGAUGAAGUGUGUAUUCGGAAAUGUUUUGAAAACAUUGUUUAUUUUUGCAAUUCCAUUCGGUGGCGCUACUGUCGCAGAAAUUACAUACUUCAGCUUUAAAGUCGAUAUGUUUAUAGCUAGGUACAUAAAUAAUAAUGCAUUCAGGCUCUGUUAAAACCUAGGAUUAACAUCCAUCUCAGGUGAUCCGAUAACAAGUGGACAGAUAUGACAGAAUGCCUUUCACACAAGACGUGUAGAGUAUGUUUCUGGCCUUAUCUUCAGUACUUACUUUUGUGUGCUUGAACUUUGACCUUAGGUCCCCAAGGUGCUCAUGGACCAUCAAGAUAAUCAAUGACUUGGUUCACACUGACCAAGUUUGAUUUUUGAUUUUUAGUUGCCGUACAUCAGUACAACUGAUUUAGAUAUAUUGGUAUUAACUACACUGCCUGAACAAAUGGGUCCAUCUUGCAAAAUAUAAGUGCAUACAGUCAGUUCUGAAUACUGGAUCUGAAAAACAAAUCAGAAUUGUGUGCAGUGUGAACAAAGCCAAAGUGGUUUAAACAAAUGCCUUUUGUAAAUACUGGAGGUUCAAAGUGAAAUAACAUCCGUGUUAGAUUAUAGAUUUACAUGCACUUGUGUCCUUGGUUUUCUGUAACAGUGUAGCCAAUCUUAAUUUAGGGUAAUGGCAAGUCAAAGGAACCCAACGUGACUCUAGGUCUUUUAGAAUUUCUCAAAUCAUUUUAAUAAUCCGUAACUGUAAUAAUGACAAAAUAUUAACAAAAAACUUGUGAUUAAACACACAUAAUAAUAAUGAUUGGUUGACUGUAACUAAUGAUUACAGGUGCCCAGAACUGUACGCGCAUGAAAACUUUAACUUUGAGGAAAAUAAUGAAGAAGUUUAAAAAGGCACCUUAUCAUGAGACGCACAAAGGAUGUGCUGGCAACAAAUCUACAAGAGCAAAGUUAUCUUUUACCUAAAAUUUUACUAUGACAUAAUUGAAAUUGAAUGUGUCAGUUACGUGUACUAACUGGUGUUAGUAGUAACACUAUCAAUGUCAAAUUUUAUUGUACGCAGAAUGUAAAUUGGUGAUAUCUGCUAUGAAAAAAAUGAAAAAUGCUAUGUUUGCCAACACGCCUAUUGCUCUUGAUGAUGCUUGCUCUUGUGUUUAAGUGUCCUGUUACUGUCAGACAUAUAAUCAGAGAAGUGUUUUAUAAAGGUCUUUUGUAAGAUUUUUUUUACUACAGCAUCUUAGUCUGACAUUUGUAAAUAGGAUUUUCAAGAAGAAGAAAAAAAAGCCGGAAAAAAGCAAAAAAAGGUAUACAGUAGAAUUAACACUGCAAGGAUUAAAUAUGAUAAAUAUAAACUGUAUGUGUCUUGUUAGACUUACAUUACAGUGAGGAUUUUCUCAGUAACAAUGGAAUUUCACAGUCAUCUCUCUUCAUCGCCUUUCCUGCAGGUUAACUGCCACAAAGUCAUGUUGCCUAUGUAAACAUUUUCCUCUGAAAAGUGUCCUCUUUAUUCUCUUCCGGAUCGUACAAGGUAUUGAAUUGGCUUAUCCAUAAGUUGACCACAACAACUCAAAAAACAAAUCUAAGGAAAGUGGCAGCAGUGCUUCACUUCACACCAGUACCUCAAAUCUGUCUUAACAGCUCAUUUUAUGAUCAUAAACUUCCCUUAAUUGCUAACGGAUCGUUUGGGGAUUUGGGGACGAUUCCCCACGGUUUGUCUUGAAAAUGUGCCUAAUAUAAGCCAACUUGUUGGACAUUGCAAUACCUAAACUAUUAUGUGUUUUGCAAGGGAUUGUUUGCUGUUGAGGAUAAGAAUGUGAGCGAAUUUGCUAUGCUUUUUUUAUGCUUGCUUAUGAAAUUACUUUGAGAUUUAAGCUCGCCGGUGGUCUUGUUUCCAAAUGUCAUGGAAAAUGAGGCUACUUUGCCGGCUAGCACAAACUAAAGCCAUUUCCCACUCUCCAAAUCAAUAUGUCUCCUCGUGUGAAAGAUGUCAUCUUAGUGUAGUGUGAUAUAUCCGAUUUGCUUUCUUGCAUAAGAGGGGAAUUUAGCGAAUUCAGAUAAAGUUAGGACAUCCUCAAAUGGGGUGUCUAACUAGCAGAGGGAAUGCUUUGAUUAAUUUAUUUAUUUUCUGCUUUCAACUUGUAACGUUUAAUGUUCACACAGGCACAAUAACAAUACAAAACCUGUACGUUGUAAAAUCAUGUUUUUUUUCCCUACUUGUCUUAGGUGAAACAUGCUAUAUAUGAUUGAAUUCUGUUUAAUCAAAACAUAUUUCUGGGUUGUUGUCACUAUGCAGUGUUGGUGUAGCAUUUUAGCCUGGGUCCAGUCAUUAGUACCAAUGACAGAUAACAAUGGUAUGUGAUGAAGCUAAUGUGCACAUUUAAUGGUGGUUUAAUGUUGAUGUAUGUCACCAUUGUUUGUCUGGAAAAAACACAUUGGACCUACCUAUCCCACUGAGAUUUCAAACAAAAACUAUAUCUCUUCAUGUUUGUUUUUAAGACGUGAAUCUUGCUUUGUCUUAAUUCUUUUAAUAAAUCUUUCUAUAUUUGUAUAGAACAUUGCAAUUGUAAACAUUGUAAAUAGUUAACGCAUCUGCGACCACAAUCACAGUAAAAUAUGGAAAUCCGGCCCUAAGAUGAGACACUUUUGUUGUUGUCUUUUUGUAUUAUUAUUUUUUGCAGUCUACAGACUGUCUGCUGGAAAGAGGUGAUAAAGGCAUGUGCUGAUCUGAGAGAAUUUCAUCCAUCAAAUAUUCACUCAAGUUUUCAAUAAACUCGUGCCAUCCCUACA